AUGGCCUAUGUCCUUAAGUCCAACUACAUGGAGGAUCCUGGGGCUGUGAACCAAGGGGGUUGUUUUGAAAGCCAAAAUGACACACGUGUCUCAGAAUUCCAUCUCAUCGGCUUCGCAGACAGCACUGAACACAGACGGUCCCUCCUCUUAGGGCUAUUCCUCUCCAUGUACCUGGUCAUAGUGUUUGGGAAUCUGCUCAUCAUCCUGGCUGUCACCUUGGAUCCUCACCUGCACACACCCAUGUACUUCUUCCUCUGCAGCCUGUCCUUGGCUGAUGUAGGGCUCACAUCCACCACAGUUCCCAAGAUGAUUGUGGACAUCCUAACUCACAGCACAGUCAUCUCUUAUGCAGGCUGCCUGGCUCAGAUGACUGUGUUCAUCCUCUUUGCUUGCAUGGAUGAUUUUCUUCUGACAGUAAUGGCCUAUGACCGGUUUGUAGCCAUCUGUCACCCCCUGCAUUACCAGGUCAUCAUGAACUCCCACCGCUGUGGCUUUCUAUUUUUGUUGUGCUUUGUGGCCAGCCUUUCUGAUUCCCUGCUCCAUAAUUUGAUCGUCUUACAAAGUUGCUGCUUCAAGGGAGUGGAAAUUGCUAAUUUCUUCUGCGACCCUUCACAAAUUCUCAACCUUACUUGCUCUGACACCCUCAGCAGUGACAUAGUCACAUAUAUUGGAAGCAUCUUGUAUGGCUUUCUCCCUAUGUCAGGGAUCCUCUUCUCCUACUAUAAAAUUGUGUCCUCCAUUCUCAGAAUCCCAUCUCGAGGUGGCAGGUAUAAAGUGUUCUCCACAUGUGGCUCUCACCUGACAGUGGUUUGCUUAUUUUAUGGAACAGGCCUUGGUGUGUAUCUCAGUUCAGCUUUCUCUCUUUCUGCUGGAAAGGGUGCCUUGGCCUCAGUGGUGUACACGGUGGUCACUCCCAUGCUAAAUCCCUUUAUCUACAGCCUGAGGAACAAGGAAAUCAAGAGCACCAUGUUCAAGGUCUUCAACAAAGCCAUUUCAUCCAGAUCCUUUUGA